AAUCACUGGAACAAGAGGGAGCCUCGAGCCGGUACCUUAUCCUUCAGCAGCCCCUUUUCGGUCUGGAGGAUUCAUCUCAUUAAGUUUACCUAUUCCACAUGAAAAAGUACAAAGUUAAAAAUCACACAACACCAGGUUAUAGUCCAACAGGUUUAUUUGGAAGCACUAGCUCCGAAACUUUUAACUUUGUACACUCCAGUCCAAUACCGGCAUCUCCAUAGCACGAAAAAGUACAAUUUAAAGUCUUAGGAAAAUGGAACAUGAGAGCACGCAGCCCUGAAUAUAAGGACGGGGAAGGGAACAAUGCGAGGAGACUGGCAGACGACCACACAAUGAGCUCACCAAUCAACUCUAUCGUCCACAUGCCUGGAAAGUUUGGCAGAAGUCCUUCCUUUGCCUUCCAGCCACAGAGGUUUGGCCGCGAAGCUCAAGCCUUCUCGGACUACAGCACUGAAGGUCGGAUACGUUCCAGAGGCUGGGAUGUCAUCCCGCCUCAGUUCUGGAACAUGGCAGUCCCACAGCGUUUCGGAAAGAAGAAAUAACAGCUCCUGAAAGGAGGCAAACAGUAGCAUUCCCCGAAAAACAUCCCCACCUCAAUCACGACCAAAUGUUUAAGACCCGACAACAGAGUGAGGCUUUUUAUCACAUUGGUCCUUUAGCCCAAGUACAAAAUAUUUUAGUCCAUCAAACAUCUCCAAACAGUAUGCUUAGAAAUGAAUUCAUUCACUUGUAAAACUUAUAAUUGUCUUUACUAAUAAUUAAAGAGAAUAUUUAAUCAA